AAUAAACGAUCAUAAAUGUCAUUACAUCAUUGUGUUUAGGUUACGUUCGUUUUUAAUACAUCUGAGGUAUUUAUUAUGUAUUUAAUCUAUGUAAUCUAGUCACAUUUUUGAUAUCAGCAUCAGUUACAUUCUGUGAUAAAUUAAUGUGUGAAGUGUGUGCGUAGUUUUUUAAGUGAAAAAAGCGUCUGAAUGUUUGGUGAAGGUUGAAAAAAAAAUGUUUAGAACAUAACAUAUGCAUACAUUCAACAAUAUGUAAAGUGAUAGGAAUCGAGUUCGUAAUUAGUUCACGGUAAAAAAAUAAAAAAAAAAAGCAAAAAUGGAAUGUGUAUCGAGUGUUGACAAUGUGCCACAAUGGAAAAAAGAUUUAAUCGCUAGACUGAGAAAUCAAAAUAAAUCAUCCUCCGGCAACGUUAACAGAGACCAUCACUCUACCCCCCAUCACUCGUUGGCUCAUCGAACGGUACUUCAACCUAACCUAACCUCCAAGAAUGAAUCAGUAGCUUCCAGUGGUUCGUCGAGUAAUAAUAUACCCGAACAGUGUAAUGUGAAAAAGAAAAUGGUGCAAGAACGAGCUUGGGCUGAUAAAAAGUCCGAUAAAUUCGAGGAAAUGGUCGCAAAUAAUGGUUACCAUAAAGAAAGUGAUUCGGAUUCGUCGGAGGAAUUACAUUAUGGGCCCGGGAUAGUGAACAAAUUAAAAAAUAAAUAUUUAAGUUUGGCUUUAAGAGAGAGUAAUAGUAGACCGAGUAUUUUACAUAUGCGGAAAGCUACUUCGUUGGAAAACCUCCUCGACGACGACGACGGAGGCGGCGAUCAAGAUUAUAAGUCUCGAUUUAACGGAAUCGGAAAUAUAUCAAAUAAAUAUAAAAACAAUUAUAGACGUAACGAGAUGAAACGAGCUAGAUCAGUGGAAACAAUUUCGCGUUUAGACAACCAAACAAAUAACUCGAUAACGAAUCGUCAAUCUUUACACGAAGAAACUUUUAUCGCGGUUCAAAAGGAAGGAAAUGACUAUCCCAGUAAAAAAAUACAAGAUAACGUACAAGAGAAUAAAUUUAGUCAUAGAAUAAACAGACCCAAACGCCUAUUACCGAUAAUGAACGAAAAAGAAAAGCCCCCCGUGGAUUUCGUGAAACAAGCCAAGAUGAUUUUCGAAAAAAGACCGGAACAACGUACGAGGGCGCCUCCCCAAACAGGUGACGUAGCCGCCAAAGUGGACAGUUUCAAUAAUAUAAUAGUUAAAAAAAAAGUGGAAGCUAAAGUGAAUAAAAAAACUCAAAUAAAAUCGGUUAAAUAUAAUUUGUACGAUAAAAAAGUGCCUAACAGUGAUACAGGUUUGCUCAGUCCUAUACCGGACGUCUCGAAAAUCGUUCCGAUCGAAACGGAACGUUGUAAAUCGUUGACGAAUCUAUCGGAAACGCCCGAUUUAAUAUUAACCUCUAGUCCUUUAUCUUCUUUACCCAACGAAGAAAAUAUAAUUCCUAAAAAACUUACGAGUCCUUUACUAAGUCCUAAUAGAAUAAAACCCGCAAGUCCUCUGAUUAGUCCUAGUAGAUUCAGUCCGAAAUUAACGUACGAGGGUGCUUUCGAUUUUACCAAAAAAGUGUCUUCGACUCCUAUUAACGAAAACGUAUCGGAUAUCAAAGUGCCGACUUCGCAACAAUUAGAAAUAGACGUUAACGGUUACGUGGAUACGAGUUAUUCGGAUGUUAAAGUUUUGCAAACGAAAAAAUCGCCGCCGUACGUCGAAAAAAAAAUCGAAAAAGAUUUAAACGCGACGGAAAUUGAAAAAAAUACGAUUAAUACGGCUAAAAACAAGUCUAGUGAGAGUGUCGAAGUGGUUAAUAGGAACGUAGUACCCAAAAAGCAAACGAGACCUAAAGAACCGGUCUCGAAUACGGCCGUUUUUAAUUUUACGUCCAGUAAAAGGGACGUGCCCGAUUAUAUAUCCAAUGAUAAAUCGCGUCUACCUGGUAAACCUGAACUACCCAAGCCCGGUGAAGGGGGUAUCAUCUUUAUACCGGGUGCGACGAUCCUGGAAUCUUUCACGGACGAAGACGAAGAAAUUUUACGAUCUUUGGAAGGUCCUCCUAGUCCUUGUGACGUAACAUUCAUUAACGACAAUAUCCUUAUAGAUGGAAAAUCUAGUAUGUGUCAGAAAUCGAAAAGGUCGAAGAUGAAAAUAUCGUUCGUAGAGGCAGGUCCGGAUAUCUACGAAUAUCCUUCCGAAACGUCGUUAAUGGUGGACGAGAAUCCGGUAGUAUCCCCCGCCCAAGUAGGACAUUCCAUUCCUAAUCUAAGCGGUUCUUCUCUUGCCACGUAUACGCCGAAAAGUAGUACGGAAAGUUUUCAACCGGGCGUUACGAGAAGUACCCCGGUUCCAUCGGUUAAGCCCGUCGAAACGGCAAGCGACGAACCGAAUUUCGAACUCGACGAAGUCGAUAAACCGUUCAGCUCGGGUAAUACCACAGACAUACUAUUCUGAAAAAAUUCCAACAGGUAUUUGAAACUAUCACAUAUUUUUUUUUUUUUUUGAGAUAUUUACAAUUGUAAUUUUUUAUAUUUUAUAUAUAUUUUUACUCCUUUAUAUUCCAUAUUUUUCACAAGUUUAGGGGAGUAAGUAUUUGUUGUAGUGUAUUUAAAAUAGUCGGGGGAGAAUCAGAUUCCGUUAGACCCUGUUUGGUUUAUUUAUAGUUGUAAAUCACAUACAAUUUAUCGCACGCACCCUGUAUCUAUAAUAAUUAUUUUUCAUUGAUUUACAAAUGGUAAAACGGUGGUUUUCUAGUAGAAAUUAAUCUGAGAUUACGUUAAAAUCGUAUUAUAAUUUAGUUCCUCGGAGAUUGCCAGUAGGUUUAUAAGGAAUAUUUUAUUGAAAGAAAAAAAUUUGUUUGUAAGUUAAAAUGAAAUUUUUUUUUCAAUUGCUAGGGUCGAAUAACAAAUAUAGUGCGCACUAUGAGAUAUUAUGUGAUUACCUUCUGGAAGACUUGAAUUUGUUUUGGAUACACUUAUCCCGUUGACUGCGCCAAUUUUACAUUUUUUUUUUUUUUUCAAAAAAAUAGCAUUCAAAUAUAUAUUUUUCUUAUUAAAAUUGCAAAUCGAAAUUUACUUAAUUGAAUGUUUUAUUGGUAAAUAUUUUGAUAAAACUGGUUUUUAUUCAUAAUUUUCUUUUGGUAGCCUCAAUUUUUUCAACGAUAUACUUAUCCCACUGACUGCGCCAAUUUUAUUGUUUUUUCUCUAAAAUCGUAUUGAAAUAAAUAAUUGUAGCCUUAAAUUUAUUUUCGAUUAACUUAUCCCACUGACUGCGCCAGUUUUAAUGUUUUUUUUUCACUAAAAUUAUAUUGAUCUAAACAUUUUUUAGUUAAAAUGUCGUAAAAGUUGAUUAAAAAUUAUUUUCUAAAAUAUUAAGUUUCCAAAAACUUAAUGCUUUUAAAAAAAAUUACUUAAUUGACUUUUUUAUUUGAAAAUCCUGGUAGAAACUUUUUAUAAAACAGGUUUUUAAUCAUAAUUUUCUUUUGGUUGCCUCAAUUUUUUCAACGAUAUACUUAUCCCACUGACUGCGCCAAUUUUAUUGUUUUUUCUCUAAAAUCGUAUUGAAAUAAAUAAUUUUUUCGUUAAAAUGUCGAAAAAAACUAAUGUUUUUAAGGAAAGGUAACUUAAUUGACUGUUUUAUUUGAAAUCCAACUCAAUUAUAUGUUUUUUUUUCAAAUACUUACUAGUAACUCUUCAAUAAACAAUUUUUUGAUUCAUUCACAAUGAAAAUUUGAUGAAAGACCAAAUUUAUCCUAUUGACUGCGCCAGUUGGUGAAUUGUAAAUAGAUAAACGGUUGCAACUGCACUAUAUUAAUUAAUUAUUUCAUAAUCAGAAUCUCGUUGAACAACUAAUUAAAAAAAAGUUUAUUUUCAAGUUUGUACUAUAUUGUUGUGGAUAAAAAAAUUAAAUUUGAUUCUCCCCGUAGAUGUAAUGAUCGAUAUCGCGAACUGCUUUAAUAUUUUAAUAGGUAAUUUUAUCAAUAUUUAGAUGGUAAGUGAAAUAAUUGUACUGAUAUAAAUGUAUAUUUUUUUUCUUCCAUUUUUACUGUUAUUUGUAAUAAAAAGUUUUUUUUUAUUUAUAAUCUGUGAUUUUGAAAAUUUGUGAGGACCAAUAUGUCUACUGUUGCUUCUUUUAAUGUAGCUUACUGCUUAUGUUUGAUCCAAUUAUACACAUUAUACACUA